AUGGAUGGACUCGAUGAAACUUCAUUUGCAAUAGAAACUCCAUUUACAAAAUUAAGCAAAAUAAUUCCUCAUUGCUCCAAGAAAAUAGCUGAUCAUUGGUGGAAUUCAUUAGAUCCUCGUAUUUGCCACGACAUUUUCUCACAAGGGGAGAAGGAAUUUAUUUAUGCAUGGGUUGUGGAACAUUUAAAAACACACGAGAUUAUUCAAUGGAAAGAAUUACAGCCUGAAAUGGUAACUAAAUUUGGUAAAUUUCGUUCGCGCAAUGAUCUCAAAAACAUUUGGAAAAUUAAGAAGAGGCAAAAUGAUCGAAUCACUCAAGCAGGCGAAGCGUCUUCCAAUAAAGCAGAUAUUUCUUACAUUUUAAAUUAA